AUGGCUGAAUCAAAGGCACCGGGCAGACUGAACCAGAUAUGCGCCUGUCCUCCACAAGGAAUACUUGCCAGAACGAUAACAUACGGAGUAGCUGUGGUGCUGAUCUGGACCGUGGUCUGGUCUAUUACAGGACAAGAGUGUCUUCCUGGUGGGAACCUCUUUGCAAUUUUGUUCCUCUUCUUUUUUGCUGUCAUUGGUGGUAAAUUGAUGGGGCUGAUUAAAUUACCAGGCCUGCCUCCACUUCCUCCUCUUCUUGGAAUGUUGCUUGUAGGAUUUCUCCUUCGAAAUAUCCCCUCCGUCAGUGACCUAAUCCAGAUAGAGGUGAAGUGGUCAGCUGCCCUAAGAAGUAUUGCCCUCGCUAUUAUCCUGGCCCGUGCUGGCCUUGGUCUUGACCCAGAGGCUCUGAAAAAAUUAAAGGCGGUCUGUAUACGACUGAGCUUUGGGCCUUGUGUCACUGAAGCAUGUAUAGCAGCGGUCGUGUCUCACUUUCUGAUGCACCUGCCAUGGACGUGGGGAUUCCUUUUAGGAUUUGUUCUAGGGGCUGUUUCCCCUGCUGUUGUGGUUCCCUCCAUGCUGAUCUUGCAAGCAGGAGGCUACGGUGUGGACAAGGGCGUCCCAACAUUGCUUAUGGCUGCUGGCAGCUUUGAUGACAUCUUGGCCAUCACAGGUUUCAACACCUGCUUAGGGAUCGCUUUCUCCACAGGCUCCACCCUUUUCAGUGUCCUCCGUGGUUUCUUGGAGGUUGCAAUUGGAGUAGCAGCUGGUGGCUUUCUAGGAAUUUUUGUACGGUACUUUCCAAGCAAGGAUCAGGCAUCAGUUGUAUGGAAGAGAGCAUUCUUUCUGGUAGGCCUGUCUGUGUUUGCUAUUUUUAGCACUGUAAACUUGGGCUUCCCUGGAUCUGGAGGGCUCUGCACCAUUGUCUUGGCAUCCAAAACAUUCCUGGCUGGUCUUUCAUGGUCUAAUGAGAAGAAAGAGGUAGAAAAGAUUAUUGGAGUUGCCUGGGAGAUUUUUCAACCUUUUCUUUUUGGUUUAAUUGGAGCUGAAAUAUCUGUCUUCUCUCUCAAACCGGAAACGGUUGGACUCUGUGUAGCCACACUAAGCAUUGCGUUAGUGGUACGAAUUGCUGUCACAUUCCUGGUGGUAUCUUUUGCUGGCUUUGAGUUGAAGGAGAAAAUAUUUAUUUCACUGGCAUGGAUCCCCAAAGCAACUGUUCAGGCCGCAAUUGGCUCAGUUGCCUUAGAUACAGCACGAACUCAUCAAGAGGAAACAUUAGAACAAUAUGGCAUGGAUGUUUUGACAGUGGCUUUCUUAGCGAUCCUGAUCACGGCACCAAUUGGAGCUCUGAUAAUUGGCCUGGCAGGGCCCAGGCUUCUCCACAAGGCUGAUGCUGGCAGUGACGAUGUUGGGCGUGAUAGAACAGAAGAAAUUGACAUAUCUGGACGGGUAUAG